CUUCUUCUUAAACCCCUCUCUCUCUCUCCCCUCUCUCCACUCCUCUCUCUCUCUCUCUCUCUCUCUCUCUCUCUCUCUCUCUCUAAAAUCUCACCUCGAUUUUCUAGAGAGGUUUCCAAAACAAAAACAAAAAUCAAAUUAAAAAGAAACAAACAGAAAGAAAGAAACGCGUUUGGAGUUCAUUUCCGUUAUGUGAAAUCAUAGCGGUUUUACGGUUCAUGCAUGUCACCACCAACCCCCCAUCCCCUCCAUCAAACGGUUAAAACCCCACUCAUCAAAACUCUCCUCUCUCUCUCUCUCUCUCUCCAAUUUCAUUCCAAGUUUCCAUUCUCUCUCUUGUUUUCUGAUUCUCUCUGUUCUUAUGAUCGCAUGGCGAUGAUGGGAGCGAUGAGCGGUGAGGAUCGUGUGAAGGGGUCGUGGAGCCCGCAGGAGGACGCCACCCUGAUCAAACUGGUGGCCCAGCACGGCCCCCGCAACUGGUCCCUCAUCAGCACCGGCAUUCCCGGCCGCUCCGGCAAGUCCUGCCGCCUCCGCUGGUGCAAUCAGCUCAGCCCCACCGUCCAGCACAAGCCCUUUUCGCCUCAGGAGGACUCCGUUAUUAUCCAGGCUCACGCCCUCCACGGCAAUAAGUGGGCCACCAUCGCCCGCCUCCUCCCCGGCCGCACCGACAAUGCCAUCAAAAAUCACUGGAACUCCACUCUGCGGCGGGGACGCCAACGCGCCGAGUUGUCUUCCACGUCGUCCGGUUCCGACUCGGCUGCCGCGGUCGGGGACGAGCCGGACAUGAAGCGGCAGUGCCUGCGGGCGUCACCGGAGCAUGAGAGUCUGAAAGCAAACGCGCGAGGGGAGGGAAUGACAGUUGAGACGUCGCUGACGCUGUCGCCGCCAGGUGAGAAGGCGGAAAACGAGGUCGUAUUGAAAAGUGAGGAGGAAGAACACGGUCACGAAGCGGUGGAUAAUAACGAUGAUGUGGAGAUCUGUAGGGUGGAGACGGAGGAGACGUGUUUGCUGACGAUCAUGCAGCGGAUGAUAGCGCGGGAGGUCAGGAAUUACAUCGAUAGCUUACGGGAGAAUGGUGGGCCCACAUUUGGGCUGCAGUCUGCAGCACAUCAAAACGACCCCUGACGUGGAUCAUGUGAAGUUUUCAUUUUCCAAUCCUAUCCUUUUUCUUUUGGGUUUCUUCUGUUGGGUUGUGAAAUUUCAGUUUCAAAAUCUUGCUUAAUCUUAGUUUUAAGUGUAAUGCUUUUACUUGUUGUCAUUAGAAAUGGUAACGCUCAAGAGAUUAAAGUUGGAGAUAAAAUUUUAAAAAUUAAAUGACAUGGAAGUUAAUAAUU